GGGAUUUCCGCAGCUCUCGGGCUGGCUUGCUGACGGACGGAGAGGGAGCUUGAUUAUGGCUUCUGGCUGAGGUGCUCUGCGUCCUUCUUCUGGUCUGGGAUUGUCUCCCUUUUCGGAAUUUCAUUAAGAUGCUACUAUCAAUAGGAAUGUUAAUGUUGUCUGCCACUCAGAUUUACACUAUUCUCACAGUUCAACUGUUUGCUUUUUUAAACCUAUUGCCCGUAGAGGCUGAUAUCUUAGCGUUUAAUUUUGAAAAUGCAACACAGACAUUUGAUGACUUACCAGCAAGAUUUGGUUACAGAUUGCCUACAGAAGGUUUGAAGGGCUUCCUAAUAAAUUCAAAACCUGAGAAUGCCUGUGAGCCUAUAAUUCCUCCACCUCUGAAGGAUAACUCAUCCCAUGAAUUCAUUGUAUUGAUCAGAAGACUUGAUUGCAAUUUUGAUAUAAAGGUUUUGAAUGCACAGAGAGCUGGUUAUAAGGCAGCCAUUGUUCACAAUGUUGACUCUGAUGACCUCAUUAGCAUGGGAUCUCAAGACAUUGAUAUUUUAAAGAAGAUUGACAUUCCAUCAGUUUUCAUUGGUGAAACAUCUGCUAAAUCUCUAAAAGAAGAAUUUAUCUACGAAAAAGGAGGCCAUAUUGUGCUAAUCCCAGAGUUCAGCCUUCCUUUGGAGUACUAUCUAAUCCCAUUCUUAAUUAUUGUGGGAAUCUGUCUCAUCCUUAUAGUUAUAUUCAUGAUAACAAAAUUUGUUCAGGAUAGACAUAGAGCAAGAAGGAAUCGCCUUCAAAAAGAUCAGCUUAAGAAGCUUCCAGUACAUAAGUUCAAGAAAGGAGAUGAGUAUGAUGUUUGUGCCAUUUGUCUGGAUGAGUAUGAGGAUGGAGAUAAACUCAGAAUUCUUCCUUGUUCUCAUGCCUACCAUUGCAAAUGUGUGGAUCCUUGGCUGACUAAAACGAAGAAAACAUGUCCUGUCUGUAAACAGAAAGUAGUUCCUUCUCAGGGAGACUCUGAUUCUGAAACAGACAGUAGUCAGGAGGAGAAUGAAGUCUCUGAAAAUACCCCUUUGCUUAGGCCAAUUGCUUCAGUUAGCACUCAGUCCUUUGGCGCAUUAUCAGAGUCUUACUCUCAUCCAAAUAUGACAGAGUCUUCAGACUAUGAGGAGGAGGAGGAGGAGGAGGAGGAGGAAAAUGAAGAUACUGACAGUAGCGAUGCAGAGAACGGAGUGACUGAAGAAAGCAUAAUAGUCCAGCUACAGCCCAAUGAUGAACAGGAUUACAGAGCAGCAGAUACUGUUUGAACUGCAAAGUGAGCAGUGUUACACAAACUCCUCCCCCCAGAGACCUCUAAUCUUAUGUACCUGUACGUAAGAGAAGUGCAUUGCAGCCCUUCCAUUGCUUCACUAGAAGCAACUGUUCAUAUAGCAUUCUAUAUAGUUUAAUCUCAUUACAGUUUUUUUCUGUUGUUCAUUCCUCUUUUGAAGACAAGCAUUUUAACGGGACCUCACGAUGGUAGUAACGGGGUUUCCACCACUAGAGAUAAUGCACCUCCCCCAAAAAGGUUACAUCAGCAUCUUGUUAAAAUGAAGUUGAACCAAGAGAGUAUGUAUAUUUUCCCUGCUACGAGGGUGUAAGCAGUGAAUUAUUCAGUUAUUUAUUAAAUGUAUGGUAAUGCUACCCUAAACAGCCAGCCAGCCAAAAAAAAAAAAAAAAAUACAUGGGUGUGUCUGUGAAGGCUUUCCCUAGAAGAACCAGCACCUUUUAAAGAACAAGCUAUGCUUGUUCUGUAUUCAUCUGUCGAGUAUUUCCCAAUAAAGAGGAAUUGGGUCUUUGAGCUCUAUAGAGAAGGAAUUUGACUGCCUUUUACAUUAUCCUAUUGUGCUUGCCAGGACCAGGUAAAGAAAUCUCAACGUGACUUAGCUUAACCCAUCUCUAAGGAGAUAAACAGGAUAACCCACAUUCAUUGGCACACUUUGCUAAUACUCUUUCUUCAGACAGGGAUUGGGACCAGUGCAGAAAGAGAACCUCAAAGCGUACCACCUACUAGAGCAUUUAAUUCUGUGUAUGCCAUACUUGAAAACAAUUUUGUGUGCAGUACUGAUUCACAAAUGUUUAUCUUGUAAUAAGAACAUUUGAAACUACAUUAGCUUGCUAAAACUAUGCACACAAAGAAAGCAAACUAAGUAUUGAAUUUGAAAAUGAGUGCUCAUAGCUAUUUAACAGGAUUCGACUUACAGUGUAUCAUGAAAAGGAUUAUAUAGAAGUGUAACUAUGUAAAAAAGAAAAAGUAGCCAUGCUUCUGUAUAGUCAAGCUACAGGGAUUUUUUUAUAUGGCCUUGUACAGGAAAGUUUGAAAGGAUGUUAAUAAACAGUUUUCCACUUUAA